GGGAAAGUUAGCCCUGUAUUCAACAACCAACUUUUUCUGAUUCACAUUUGACAUUACUAAAUUAUAAUAUGAUCAGUUUCCUCAACAACCAAACCACACUAAUUUCAAGCAAUGGCUAAGCCUUUUACUUGCAUCUUUUCAUUCUUUGCAACACUGAUCUUCCUACCAUUAUUACCCAUUUAUGCUCAAAGUAGUGGCAAAAUAGCCGUUGGUCAAUCUCUCUCUGCCGCCACCAACGCCUCUCCAUGGCUUUCACCUUCAGGUGAUUUCGCUUUCGGCUUUCAUCAAUUACCCACCAAUAGCAACCUCUUCUUGCUUGCCAUUUGGUAUGCAAAGAUUCCUGACACAAUUGUCUGGUAUGCAAAUGAUGGAAACCCUGUUCGGGAAGGGUCAAAAGUAACAUUAACUGCUGACAAGGGUCUAGUCCUAAGUGAUCCUCAAGCAAGCAGCUUAUUAUGGAGCACCUCUGAUGAUUUCAGCAAUGGGAAUGGUGUGAGCUAUGGUUUUAUGAGUGAUACUGGAAAUUUAGUCCUCAAAAAUAGCAGCAGUAAUGACCCAGUUUGGCAGAGCUUCAACCAUCCUACAGAUACCCUACUGCCUACUCAGAUUAUGGAAAUAAACGGGGUAGUUAACUCUCGGUUGUCAGAAAAUAAUUUCAGAAAGGGCAGGUUUCAGUUGCGUCUGAUCCCUAACGGAAACCUUGUUCUUAAUACCAGGGACCGAGCAUCCGGCUAUAACUAUGGUGCUUAUUAUAUUAGUGGCACUAAUGAACGACCAAAUACAGGUCACAGAUUGAUCUAUAAUGAGUCCGGGUAUAUGUACGUAUUGAGAACAGAUGGCUCAACAUAUGAUCUCUUACCACAAAACAAGACGAACCCAACAAAAAGUUACUAUCAGAGAGCAACUUUGAAUUUUGAUGGGGUUUUGAUGUGGUAUUCUAUCCCAAAAACUUCCAUAAGCAACGGUUGGUCCAUGGAUCAGGCAUUACCAGACAACGUGUGUACAAGCAUAGGAGCUUCUGGACCACAGUUAGGGAGCGGAAUUUGUGGGUUUAACAGCAUUUGCGUCCUUGGUGAUGAUAAAAGGCCAACAUGCAAGUGUCCACCAGGUUACUCCUUACUUGAUUCUAAUGAUACAUAUGGUAGUUGUAAACCCGAUUUCAAGGCAGAUGGGUGCGUAGAAUAUGCACAGCGCUCCAUGAAGAACGAAUACAGGCUGGAACGCCUUCCUAGUACUAACUGGCCAUUUAGUGAUUAUGAAAAGCUAGGGCCUUACAAUGAAGAUGAUUGUAAAAUGUCUUGUCUGACUGAUUGCUUCUGUGCCGCUGUGGCUUUCCAGGAUAGCAAUUCUCCCAUAUGUUGGAAGAAGAAGGCGCCGCUAUCCUAUGGAAGACAAGACACCAAAGUGAGGGAGACUACUUGGAUUAAGGUAGGAAAUGUUAAUUUUUCCAAUGACCCACUCAACACUUUUGUUCCAUUAUUUCCUCCAAAAGCAAAAAACAAGGUGAAAUCUUUGGAUAAAUUUCUGCUAGGUGGCUCUGUGUUUGUCAAUUUAGUUCUUUUAAGUGCCAUUAGUUUGGGAAUUUUCUUAAUCUAUCAUAAGAAGCCACUGAAAGAAUUUGAGGAGGGUCAAAGGAAAAAGUUGAGAGAGUACAACAGUAAUGUCCAUUGCUUCAGCUACCAAGAACUCACAGACGCCACAAAGGGGUUCACGGAAGAGUUAGGAAGAGGGGCUUUCGGGGUUGUUUAUAGAGGCAUGAUUUCCACAGUAGGUCCUCCAAUUUGUGUUGCUGUAAAGAAGUUAGAUCGGAUAUCCCAUGACGCGGAUAAGGAAUUUAGAACUGAAGUGAAUGGAAUUGGACAGACUCAUCACAGGAAUUUAGUACGGCUUGUGGGAUUUUGCAAAGAAGGAGAUCAACGGCUAUUAGUAUAUGAAUACAUGAGCAACGGAACCUUAGCAAACUACCUUUUUGGUGAACUGAGGCCAAGCUGGGUAGCAAGGAUUCAAAUUACUUUAGGUAUUGCAAGAGGACUCUUGUAUUUGCACGAGGAAUGCAGCACCCAGAUCAUACAUUGUGAUAUAAAGCCCCAGAAUAUACUUCUAGAUGACAAUCACAAUGCUCGCAUUGCUGAUUUUGGGUUGGCAAAGCUUUUGGUCCUAAACCAAACCCAUACAAACACGGCGAUCAGAGGGACUAAAGGGUAUGUUGCCCCUGAAUGGUUUAGGAACAAGCCAGUCACAGUGAAGGUAGAUGUGUAUAGCUUUGGAGUUCUUUUGUUAGAGAUCAUAUGUUGCCGAAGAAGUGUAUGCAUGGAAUUCAUAGAGGAAGAAGGUGCAAUAUUGACAGACUGGGCAUUUGAUUGUUACCAAUCUAACACAUUAGAUUCUCUGGUCAAUAAUGACAUGGAGGCGCUAAAUGACUGGCAACGACUGAAGAGGUUCUUUAUGGUUUCCCUAUGGUGUAUCCAGGAAGAUCCAAGUCUCCGUCCAACAAUGAAAAUGGUCAUGCAGAUGCUUGAAGGACUUGCAGAAGUGCCUAAACCUCCUUGUCCAACCAUGCUUUCUAUUACUACUACCAACACUAAACCCCUAGGCUAAAUGUAUGUAUUUUGUUAAUUUUAGCUUUAUUUACACUACAAAUCAACAAUAUUCGGAAAUGUUUGACAGUAAAUCAUACACAUUUUGCAAAGAUAUGAGUUAACUUCAUGAGUUAGACUACAUACCUCUGUUUUGUUCA